AUGCCUCCCCUCAAAACCGUCCCUGGCACCAAAGCUCGUUUGAGCAAGAAAGCCAAAACUAGUACCCCCACUGAUGAAGCUGAAACGGAGAGGGCCCCAGAAGGCACUGGUAGAGAUACUGUCGAUAUUGUCAUGGAUGAUUCUGCCCCACAGGGUCAAAAUACUGAUGCUGAUCCGCCGGAAGCUAACCCGGCUAGUCCUCGUGCUGAUCCUCCUAGCCCGGCCAGGGAUGAAGACCUGCCAAGCCCAGCUAAGGAUUCUAUCAAUCCGUCAAGCCCAGUCAGGGACACUGUCAAUCCGCCAAGCCCGACCAGGGAUACUGCCAACAUAAACAGCAAAGACUCCCAGAUUGCCGAUCUUCAAGAGAACAUCAAAUCCCAACAAUCAGAGACUUCCAAGGCCAAAGAUGAACUUAAAACUGCUUUGACAGCCAUGGAACAACUAAAGGAAGGGUUCAAGAAUGAACGUGCCAGCUGGGAAACUGAAAAAGCUGCAUUAUCCGACGGCCAGAAUAGACCCGACGACCUCUGGCUCCGCUUUAGGCGUGGGCGUCCUACUUUCCACCGCACCUUGGCCGCGCCCACUCGCCAUCAAACCUCCGUCAUCCUCCCACAUGGCCGGAGCCGCCUCGGGAUCGCCAUGGCCCUGAGAUCCUCGACAGCGACGUCGCUGCUCUCCAGAACCCUCCGCCUCCUCGAACCUUCCGCGCACCGGGUCCCGCGGGUCGAAUCGAGAGCCGCGUCGUCGUCGACUGGCGGUGGGGAUCCGUCGGGCCAGGAGCCGGCGCCGGCGCCCAUGGACUCCCCGAUCAAGGUGUUCUCCGAUCUCCGCGGCGGCGGGGCCCGCGGCGCGGCGAUCGACGCGGGCGGGUCGGCGCGGAAGCCGGUCAGCCUGUGGCCCGGGAUGCACCACUCGCCGGUCACCAACGCGCUGUGGGAGGCGCGGUCCAGCAUCUUCGAGGGCAAGAUGGACGCCGGGGGCAACGCCGACGCGGGCCCGCAGACGGACCUGCUCACCAGGACCCCCGCGCAGAGCCGGACCUCCAUCGUCUACAAGUUCGCCGCCGACGACAUCCUCCGCGAGCAGUACCGCGACCCCUGGAACGAGAUGCGCAUCGGCAAGCUGCUCGAGGACCUCGACGCCCUCGCCGGCACCAUCGCCGUCAAGCACUGUUCUGAUGGUGAUAGCACAACAAGACCUCUUUUGUUAGUUACUGCUUCUGUGGACAAGAUGGUCUUAAUGAAGCCCCUUCGUCUGGACACUGAAGUAAAGAUUAUUGGGGCUGUUACUUACGUUGGCCGCUCUUCGAUUGAUAUACAGAUUGAAGUGACUCAGGUUGAUCAAGAUGGUGAUGUGCAGUCAGACCCAAUUGCAUUGACGGCUAACUUCACAUUUGUUGCACGAGAUUCAGUAACCGGAAAAUCUGCUCCUGUGAACCGCCUUUCACCAGAAACCGAGAGAGAGAAGCAGUUAUAUGCAGAGACAGAAGCACAGGAUAAGGUGAAGAAAAGGAAAAGGGAAGAACAGAAGGGAGUGCUUGAGAAGGGGGUACAGAAGCUUGGUGCUGAGGCUGAGAGGCUGAAGACUUUACUGGCAGAGGGUCGUGUUUUCUCUGAUUUUCCUGCUUUGGCUGAUAGGGAUAGCAUAUUGAUGAAGGAUACUCGCCUGGAGAACUCUCUUAUCUGCCAACCUCAACAGCGAAACUUGUAUGGACGGAUAUUUGGAGGUUUCUUGAUGCACCGAGCAUUUGAGCUUGCUUUCUCGACUGCCUAUGCCUUUGUCGGGCAGAGACCGUGUUUUCUUGAGGUGGACCAUGUCGACUUCUUAAAGCCGGUGGAUGUUGGAGACUUCCUUCGAUUCAAAUCAUGUGUGUUGUUUACCCAGCUUGAGAAUAAAUGGCAGCCCCUGGUAAAUGUCGAAGUCGUCGCUCAUGUAACAAGGCCCGAGCUCCGAAAAAGCGAGAUCUCCAACACAUUCCACUUCACCUUCUCAGUCGGCAGCGACGCACUGAAGAAUGGAGUGAGUAUCCGCAACGUUGUUCCCUCAACCGAAGAAGAGGCACGCCGUAUAUUAAACCGCAUGGAUGCAGAGGGUUUGUUCGAUUGAUCCUUCGGCGGAGUGACUGGUUCCAGCCAUAAUUUUAGCAACUUUUUACUGGCCAUGUUAACUAGUGGGAGAUGUACCCUAUGAUUUAAACAUCAGCAGCAGAUAAGCAGCAUGCUGGCAGCAGACCGGGAAAAGUGUAGCUUUUUGGCGUUUCUUUUGGGAAAUUAUUUGGAGUAUAGUAGUAGUAGGAUAUAUAAUAACCCCAACCUCGAGACCUAAAAAAUGUGCCUUUUGUGAGGGCACUGUCCAUUGAUUAUAUAUGUAAUUGCUUUGUUGUUUCAGCAUGUAAACAAAGAUAGAGGCCAUUAGGGCAUUGCCUUCAGGUCA